AACAUAUGUUUUGUUCAGAUUUUAUUUCUUGACUUAUAACAAAUUAAUGAAAAAAAAAAAACACUUAAGCAAAAUCUUCCGCUGCAAAGUUUACCACGACAUGUUUUGAUGCGUACACAACAUUAACGAUAUUAGGUUUUUUGCUAUAGAAAAUAAUGGAUAUGAAAAUUACUCGGAGUAAUACCUGAUAUUAUUUAGCAAGUGUAUAUUUCGAUAUCAACGUAUUAGAGCGCGUGUGCAUAUUGCUGUGUGUGGGUGAACUAAAGAUAAAGCCCGUCCUAAACCUAUUUUUAAAUUUUACUCGACACAGAAGCUAAAAAAAUAGUUCAAUAUAGAUGUUAUUCGUUAUUAUCGAUAAAGUCUCAUAUCCCGAUCGAUGGUGGGCCCUUGUUCGUUGAUCGCGUAGCUCGUAAACAAGUGAGCUUUCCCUGCUUGAUUUGAAAAAUUGAGCUGAUGUCAGUAGUCGCGCGGCGAUACUGGUUGCUUACGAAUAAGAUUGUCGAUAAUUAACAUUUUAAUUUGUAGAAAUGAUUUCUCCAUAUCACUUUCUAUCCUCGCUUUCGCGCCCGGAUAGAUAUAUUUCAUACAUAAUAUGUGUAAAUAUAAUAAUUAAAAUCUUUUACAGUCGAAUUUCGCGGUAUUCGCGAUGCUCUUCAACCUGUGGUCUCGUAAAUUUAAUUGUUCAAAUGUCCAUAAUACUUUCGUAAGGUAAAAAUCCAUCCAAAUCCCGGGUGGAGCAAAAAAUGACGAUAAUGUUGAGAUUAAAAUGUUAAAAUGAUGAAAAAAUAAUGGAAAAGUCGUCAUUUUGAUGCCGUGAUGUUCUGCCUAGCGGAUUCUCGAUGAAUUUUCAGUUACAACGGAUAAGUUAAUCGCAGAAAUUUCCCUUUUCGUCGACGGAGAAGUUCACCAUGAAAAAGGAGAGAGGAAUAAAAAAGAAAAAGAAACAUAGUUUUCGUCGGGACAACCCUCACGAAAAUAUUUGUGGAAUCGACGCUUUCUUACGCAGAUUCUACGUCUCAUCGGGAAUAUACUUUUACCAAAGACAUUUGUGUUAAACUGCCUCUAAUUCGCUGUAACAGAAGAACGAGGAUUAGCCGAAAAACUUUCGCGAGCAGAAAAAGCGACACGCGUUUGCGGGAGAUAUACGUGCGCGCCUGUCGCGAUCGAUGGGGGCGAUAAUUGCCGCAACAAGUGGGGGGCAAAAACAAAUACGCCGCACGAUAUGUUUCCACUUUCAUCGGCUUUAGUUUUUGCGAAGCGAAGAUUCCGCUUCGGCGACGCGAUUUCUCGAGAACCGUGUGACAAGGCCGACCGUCUCGUCAAACGAAUGUUUGUGCCUUGAAAUCAAUUUCUGACUGCCGUCGCCGACGCCACUGCCGUCGCUUGCGCCGCCGCCGUCAACUUUCACUUAUCCCAGCGACCGACUUGUCGUGUUUUAAUCGCACAUGGCGAAAUGGAACGGAAGAAGUUAAUAACAUGGAAUGACCGAGGCAUCUUAUUGAUAAUGUGCUUCUUCAUUACGUUGAUUAUAUUCGCUACGGCGUAUGAUCCGGAUGACAAGUCCCUGAAGGAUAUUCUGCUGCCCGAGGGUCAAUUCGAGGCGUUUUAUCUGAAAGGCAUGCAAGAUGAGGAACAAAAUGCCGCGAGACCGCCUCAUCUUCACGGAUCUUUUCAUCAGUAUCGAAAUCCUGCCCUGGUUGGUGCUCCGAACAGCGCUGCCUACGGAUUUCGCUUCGACGGGAAACGCCGCUUCAAUUUCAAAUGAAUUAUUAUCGACAAUCGCAUUUUUACUCCAAGUCCUAUAAAUAUUAACUUACGUUCUCAGAAUGAGGAAUUAUAGUUGUCGUUGAAACACAAAAAUUAAUACAUAGGUGCCUGGCGAUUAGCAGUGGUUAGUGAUUAGCGGUAAAUCAAACUUAUGCUUAUCCGAGACCGUUGAUAUAUGAUAAGAAAAUUUCAAGAUGAUAUUAUGUCAUUUUUUCAGCGAGAAGAGAAAAUUGUGAAAAUUUAGUUUUCAGGACUAGUAAGUAUAAAUGCGAUCGAUGUAUUUUCGAAUACACAUAUGUGUUUUCUUGGCAUAUGAGAUAAUAAAGUGUGAUU